ACCUUCACCUUCUGCUUCAAAUGUGUCUUGGGUACACCAGUCACUCCUCGCCUACCCAUCCAUACCCAUCCAUACCGCUUCCCUGCACUUGGGUACGCCUUGGUUCAGCUUCUCUGGUGAACUGAGUGGUCAGCUGCAGGGGCUGCAUCGAUUAGUUAAGGUCUCUUUCUUUCCAAAUUCAAAGAAAGUUGUUUCUGAUAUUACCACUUCAGACACUUCCAGUGAACUACUACUGCCAUAAUAGAAAUGGACCAUACAGAUGUCAGUGUGCUACCUGAUGAUCUAGUUGUGGAAAUCCUCUCCCGGCUGCCGCUCAAGUCUUUUUGCCGCUUCAAAUGUGUCUGCAAACCCUGGCUUGCCUUCUCCUCUGAUCCAAACUACCGCAAGAAGCUGCCGAAAAUCCCCAUUGGUAUUUUCUGCCAGUACCAAGACUUUGAUAAGAAGGCUACCAAGCUUCUUAGCCAGCCCCAAAACGUUGAGAAAAUUGAUGGAGCACUUAGUUUCUUGCCACACCAUCUGCAACUGGAGCUUAUGGAUUGCUGCAAUGGCCUAGUGCUCUGCAUGCAUAGGAGCAUGGAUUGGAGCAGGCGUACAAUUACUUGCCACUUCAUUAUGUGCAACCCGGCAACACAAGAGUGGACGAGGCUUCCUGAUACUCGUCCUUACCAAGAACACGAUGUUUGUGAAGCUAUGUUGGCUUUCAACCCGUCAUGUUCCCGGCAGUUCUACGUCUUCAACUUUAGACGGAAUCCUUUAUCUUCAUUCUUUAGUGGACUUGAGGUGUUUUCGUCUGACCUUUCAACAUGGCUCGUAUAUGAUGCAUGGUGGAAUUCCGGGAUACGCACUAUUAUUGGUUACCCACACUUGUUCAUAGAUGGUUCAUUGUAUCUGUUUAGUCUGCGACAGAACUCAGUGGAGAGGAUACUGGUACUGAACGGUUUUGAGGCAAUGAGUUCUCGCAUACCGCCUAAUCGUCGAACUAUUAAGUUGCCUCGUGACCAUUCUAUUGAGCCUCCGAAUGGCCUUCCUGUGGGUAUGUACACCCGCGGUUACUUUGGCAAAUCUCGGGGGGCCAUUUACUAUGCAUUGCCAGAGGAGGAUGGGCUUGCAGUCCAGAUCUGGAGUCUUGAUGUUUCUGGGCCUUACAAGUGGACUGUGAAGUAUCGUCUUAGUAUGAGGGAUGCAUUUGGACGGGACGACCUUGCUCACUAUGACUCUUCUCAACAGUGCUGGAAUUGCGCGUAUGAGAUUACUGCUAUUGACUUGGAGAGAGAAGUUAUCUUCCUGUUGGACUGUUGGGCGAACACGAUCCGUUCAUACGCCAUGAGCAAUGGGGAACUUCAUGAACUCGAUGAAAUUGAACAAGAUCAUGAGCAUGUCUAUGAGAAGUUCUUCCACUAUGUGGCGUGCUACUCAAGGCUUCCAGCUUAUGUGCCUUUACCUAAGCCACAUUUGCUGGAAACGAAAAGGAUUGAUCGGCGGACGUGGCGGUCAAAAUUGCUAGCAAUUGUUGGAAAAUCAAGAUGGAGAUAAUCUGUAUGCCUUCAUUUCGGCGAGUAAUAGUGCUGGAAGGAAUCAAGCCUAGUCCAGGAGUGAUGUUACAAAGGUCUUCUAUAUUUUUCUUUUGUUCCCAUUGUGCUAACUAACACUGUCUGAAUACUGAAAACUCCCCGAUUUCGGUGUAUUGUGUCAUCUGAUUCCCUGGUGCUCUGUUUCUCAAGGCGCACGUGAUAAUUUUGU